CCUGAAGAUUCCGCAAGUUCAGUUCGAUAUCUUUCAUUGUGCGGUUGAGAAUGAGAGUCACUUGGCUGCAAUGAUUGGCCAAAUUAUAUUUAAUUUAUUUUUGGUGGCAGUUGCUUCUAUUGCACUAAGUGAAGCUGAUACGGUAUCGUCGUCAUUUCAAUUUCCAAAUAGUGGAUUAACUUUGAACUUUUUCGACAAAACUGAUGGAGUGGAAUAUAACAUAGUUCGAGAUGACCAAAUUCUACAAUCUUUCAAAUUGGAUAGCCAAUUCGCGCGGUCGGACUUUCGACGAAUUACCGAUGGGGUAAUCCUUGUGGGAGCAGGUGGUAGACAACUUCAAAUUCAGAUUACCAAAGACACCCCCAACCUUUCAAUAUACAAAGUUUCGCGUAAUGUUACAAAAGGAGAUGCUCCACAAGAUUGUGUAAAUUUGGAAAUUGGUCGAAUCAGUUGGUAUGGAGGAUCAGAGCAGUUUUCGCAGUAUUGGCCUGUAGAAAAGUCUGAGUUCGCUAACUAUUCUUAUGUCACAAAAUCUGCUGACAAUUGUGCUAUUGCUGAACGCUACUGGUUGAAUUCCCGAGGUGUAUUUAUUUAUGUUGACGAAGACGUGCCUUUAUUCCUGAAUCAAAAUAGUGAAGGUCAUACUGAUCAGUUGUGCUUCAAUGCAAGAAAAGCAUCACCUUACAAUACAGAUGAUGAGUUCUUUAAUUUUGAGUACCAGAUUGGAAUUGCCCAGAAUGUUCGUGAAGCCCAUAUGGCAGCUGUAACCAACUUCCUCCAUAAGCCUUCAGGCGUUCCCGAUGAACGAAUGAUUCGUUACCCUAUUUGGUCUACAUGGGCUCGAUACAAGAAGGACAUAGAUGAGAAAGUGGUUCAAGAAUUCUCUGAUGAAAUCCUUCAAUAUCAAUUCGAAAAUAGUCAACUGGAAAUCGAUGAUGAUUGGGAAGAGUGUUACGGAUCUUUGACAUUCCGUAACUCGAAAUUCUCCAAUAUAACUGCUACGACCGAAGAGUUGAAGGCAAAAGGAUUCCGUGUGACAUUGUGGAUACAUCCCUUCAUUAAUAAAGAUUGCCAACCAUGGUACGACGAAGCUAAACAAAAUGGUUAUUUGGUACUCGAUCAAUCUGGAAGUCCGGUCACACAAUGGUGGGAUAGUGAAACUGGUCAGGCUGGUGCUAUUGAUUUUACUAAACCGGAGGCAGCUGAGUGGUUCAGCAAUCGAUUGAGAAAAUUACAAACCGAUGCGGGUAUAGAUAGCUUCAAAUUCGAUGCAGGAGAGAGUAGUUGGAUUCCGAAGGAUCCUGUUCUCCAAGGUGAUACCGCUUUAAGUCCAGAUUCAUUUACAAGCGCCUAUAUUCGUACCGUUGCUAAAUUCGGACCAAUGAUUGAGGUUCGAUCUGCGGAAGCAACUCAGGAUCUUCCAAUUUUUGUACGAAUGAUCGACAAGGACUCAAACUGGGGAUGGAAUAAUGGAUUAAGAACUCUUGUAACCACUUUACUUCAAAUGAAUCUUGCCGGGUAUCCUUACGUUUUGCCAGAUAUGAUUGGUGGAAAUGGAUAUGGCCAGCUCCCGGAUAAAGAACUAUUCAUUCGAUGGCUCCAAGCAAAUGUGUUCAUGCCCAGUCUGCAAUUUUCUUAUGUUCCAUGGGAUUUCGAUCAGGAAACUGUGAACAUAAGUUUGGCAAUGACUCAGUUGCAUGACAAAUACACUGAUUUGAUCUUGAGACGUGCCAAUAUAGCUACAACACUAGGCGAACCUAUAAAUCCUCCAUUAUGGUGGGUUGAUCCAUACGAUGUCGUUGCCCAUCAGAUUCAUGAUCAAUUCAUGCUUGGGAAUGAUGUGAUUUCGGCUCCAAUAUUAGAGCAAGGACAAGAAGAACGUGAUAUAUACCUGCCAGUCGGAAAAUGGGAAGAUGGUAAUACAGGAAUUGUUUACGAAGGCCCCAGAUGGUUGAUGAACUAUAAGGCACCACUGAGCGUUCUGCCAUAUUUUAUACAUAUUACACCAUAAUUAAAUUAAUGUAAUUAUUGUACUAUAAUGCAUAAUUUUGUAGUUUUCUUCUGUAUUAAAAUUUCUUGAAGUCAG